UCACACAUUCGGAGUAAAACGACACGUGCAGAGGGGCGUCUCGCACUGCGCGUCGAUUCGCUCUUCUGUAAUGAACGUAUGUCCUUCAAGCGCGCAUCGUCCGCGAGUCGUACAAAUAGCGAAGACGUCUAAACGAUCGUGAUCAGUGAAGUGAUACACAACAAUGGAGAACAGUUUGGUUAACUGUUCCGCCGAAGACAAGGUAAAGCAUUUCCAAGCUUAUCUGAGAAAAUAUGAGAAUGAUGAUAAAUUGGUGAUUCUAUUGGCCGUGGAUAAGCCGGGAUCGAAACCUGGUGACAAUUAUACAUCGGUGGUGGUCAAGACGAAACUCGUUGGUACACGCGGGGACGGAAAUCCAUAUAUCAAGAAUGUUAUAACGAAAAGUAUCGUCCAAAAGCGUGCAAUAGCUGGAUUAAUAGACGUCUAUGCUUUAUUCCGUGUGGAGAAACACGUCUAUCAAAAAAUAUUGCCUGUUCUUGGGCCUUUUAAUCCUCAAUGUAUAAACGCCGAUAGGGAGAAUGUAACAAUGGAAGAUCUAGCGGUGAAGGGAUACAUUAAUUGCGAGAGGCGCAACUUUAUGGAUUUGGAUCACACCGUCUGUGCCUUGAAGAAACUUGCCAAAUUUCACGCGUCGGCUUUAACAGUAAAGAUCAAGGAUCCGCAAUUGUUCGGCGAAUUAACCGAGUCUUUGGAAGAAGUAAUUUACAAAGACAAUUUUGAGACGACGCCAAUGAGAAUGUGUUCCAAUAUGUCUAUGCAGUCGUCGCUAAAAUCAUUAGAAUUAAUAGAACCGCGAACGCAAGAACUGCAAGCUGUCAUAGAUCACAUUGCCGAUUAUGUUGGUAAAACUUACGAUAUAAUGUACCGGAUAUUCAAUGGGCCGAAGGAGAAAUAUCACACAAUCUGCCAUGGCGAUCCGUGGAUGAACAAUAUGUUGUUUUUGCACGAUAACGACGGCAAAAUAAUCGAUCUAAAAUUCGUCGACUACCAGAUAUGCAGGCAUACCUCGAUAGCCACCGACAUCCAUUACUUUAUAUACUCUAGCGUACAGUCGUCGUUAAUCAAGGAAAGCUACGAGAGUCUUAUUAGGAUUUAUCACACCGAGUUUCUCAAAGAACUCCGUCGAUCAAACAUAGACGAACAGAUUUUAGCCGAACUCGACAAGGAAUGGCUGGAGAAGGAACUGCAAACUUACUCACUUUACGGGGCGCUUAUCGGAUGUUUCAUGGUGAACCCGAUAUUGGCCGAAGAGGAGGACGUGUUACAAUUUGAAACAAUCGGAUUCAGCUCAGAUAAUCCAAUGUACAGCUCCGAUAAGCGUGUGAUGAACGUAAGCCAGAAGAAACUCGACCGGAUCGAAAGCGUCACAUCCCACUAUUACAGAAGGUAUGUCUUGGGUAUUAUUAAUGACGACCUCGAACCGAUUUCUGCGACUCAUAAUGGAUACGAUGGAAUUUAUAAUAGAUAUACUAAAAGUGUGUAAAUACGAAAUAAAAAAUUGUUCAUAACGAUGAACUUAUGAACAAAUAAACUCUAGUGUUUCGAAUACAUCGAAACGGAAAAGAGGAUAUAUAGUUUUUUAGAAGAUUGUAUAUUUUGUGUAUAUAUACACACGAGAAAAUGAUUGGAGUUGCUGUGUAAUAUUAUAAUAAUAUUUGAGCUAUUUUUAUAAAGUCUUUCAACGCGAAAUAUCUUUCCUACGUUUGCUUUGAAGUCGUAGAUGCAAUGUAUUUCGAAUAAAAUGUAUAAUUAACUUUCAUAUCAUAUAAAUGUGAAUAUAUUAUUAUUUAAAAGAAAUAUCUUCAAAUUUAAAUCACCACCAGAAUAUUUCAACCCAACAAAUAUCUAUUUUUGAAGUUAAAUAUUGUAAUAUAUUGUACAAAAAUAAACUGUAAAAUAAACUUAUUGCAAUUACGUGUUAUCUACAAAA